UAUUCGGUGCGUGAAUAAGUGACAUUCGAUCAGCGAAACCGAAGCAAUGAAAUUCUGGUUGGUAUUGUCCUGUGCUGUGGCCCUGGCCGCAGCCCAAACGGCCACUUCGAACUACAACGUGACAUGGAUCGGAGGCAACUCCCUGGUCAAUCUGGCCAACGGCCUAACGACCGUCGGAAACAUGCUGGCCAGCUACAACAAUACCCUGAACACAAUCCGUGCCGGUGCCUGGCCAGGAGUGCUCAACAUCUUGGGAACAGUGAACAUAACCUACGCUGCCCUGAACAAGACUUAUGGCCCGACCCAGCCAAGCCUCGUUAGCCUUGUGUCCUACUCAGCACCCUACCUGAAUCAAUCCAUUUUCGAUGGGGAACGAUAUAUUACGUCAUCGAUCUAUCAGGAUAUUGCCAGUCUGUCGAUGAGCCUGCAGAGUGCAAUCUCUAACUUGUUCAUGAACUUCCAAAUGCUGACAAACAUCGGAUACCAACAACAGGGAGAAAACUGCACCGGUCGCAUUGCCGCUAAUGUCUCGGUGAUUGCGCUUAAGGUCGCCAAGUACGCCGUCUGCAUUCAAAAUAACAUGAUGAUUGCUUCUACUCUGGUUGCGCCAGUCGUCAACGGCAUGAUCACUCAGGCCAUCGAUGAUAUGCGGUUGGUUUUGAACCUGUUCAAUUUCUGCCGCUCCUCUCCCGCUGCCGCUACCGAGUGCACCGACGAGUACUUCAACAACAUCUGGACUGACCAUUCUAUGAUCCAGAGCACCUUCUACCAGAUCUCCAGCUUCCUGUCAUCGAUGAUCCAGGAUGCCCAAAGCCGAGAUUCCUUCUGCGGUCAGCUGAUCAACCAAGAUAUCCAAGACGAUACAAUGAAUGCCCAGAAUUCCUUCAGCCGAUGCGCCUAUCCUCAGUCUUCGUAAGCUUUGAACGCGCGCCGAUCAUUGUCUAGGUUAAUUUUAGCACGCAAAUAAACCUCCUUUUUGCCAAUACACGGAAAGUUGCUGGAAAAGUUGAAGUUGUU